UGUAUUUACUUAAAUUUGACUUAUUUGUGUAAUCCUUCCUAAGCCACUGUAAGGACGAAUUUUCGUAGUUGAUUAGUUGAUUGCGUUGGUUAAAAAUGUCAGUGUCAGCUGUGCUUUGAUAGUUUACGUCGUGUUUACAGCGUGUUAAACCAGUGCUCACCCCAGUGCAAGCUUCCACCGGUCGUGCGUAUUGUACGCCAAUGUUUUACCAAUAUUCGCUCAACAGUAAUCAUUAACAGUGUAGCAGUCAACGCGUGUCAAAACUCCGGCCAACUCUGCGCCCAGAAAAUGAACACGUUCCCAAGCUGAUUCGCUUUUAAACUUUAAUAUAACGUUGUAAUUACUUAAGCCCACUUAUAAACGAACGUUCGACGUUGCAUAUUAUCAUAUUAGGUGUAAUAAUACAGUUUUUAAAAUGGAGUAUAAAUCCUGGAAAGUUUCUGCUUUGCAGUUACUCACAAGGGUUUUAAUAGUUUAUGUGUUUGUGCUUACAAUAGUGGUUGAUUAUGUUGAUGCAGAGAAAGAACCAAGGGAAGAAUCUGUUGAGAGUGCUCCAGUACCUUCUGCAUCAGCAAAGUCCACAGAUGCAUCAGGAGGCAGCAAAUUACUACCCACUGAAAAUGUGGGCUUUAUUCAUGCAUUUCUGGCGUCGAUUUCGGUGAUAUUGGUUUCGGAAAUUGGUGACAAGACAUUCUUUAUUGCUGCAAUUAUGGCCAUGAAACAUCCAAGGCUGACUGUAUUUACUGGUGCCAUCUCUGCUUUGGCACUUAUGACUGUCUUAUCAGCUUUGUUUGGUUGGCUGGCCAAUGUUAUACCUCGCGCAUACACAUUCUAUAUCAGCACAGCUCUAUUUGCCAUAUUUGGAUUGAAAAUGUUAAAAGAAGGUGUAAAUAUGUCCCCAUCAGGUGCUCAAGAAGAACUGGAAGAAGUGCAAUCAGAUUUACGCAAAAAAGAUGAAGAGUUUGAAAAGGAAACAAUGAUAAGUGAUCCUGAAUCAGGCAGUCGAAAACCGAAAAACAAAGGUGUUUUUAUGGCGGUGUCAAGAAUUUUGUUACAAUCGUUCACGUUAACGUUUCUCGCCGAAUGGGGCGAUCGAUCGCAGCUAACGACGAUUAUUUUGGGCGCACGCGAGGAUGUUUAUGGCGUCAUCCUUGGCGGUAUCCUCGGACAUUCCAUUUGCACCGGUAUAGCAGUAUUAGGUGGCCGCAUGAUUGCGCAGAAAAUUUCCGUCCGAACUGUGACGAUAAUCGGCGGCGUUGUCUUCUUGCUAUUUGCUUUCUCGGCGUUGUUCUUUGACCCGAAUGGCGAAUGAUGUGCGACCAGCAUGCGACCAUUGAAUAACACAACUAUGAUUUAAUUAAACGAAUUUAUUAUUAGCGUGAAAUCAAGCUCUAGGAAAGCGCAAGCGUCGAAGGCAAUGUGUUUUUAAACGAUUUAUUUUUAUAAGGAUCUAAAUGCAACUUAGAGGCAACUCGGUGUUACUUAAGUUUUUAUUUUUUGCUGCUAUUUUGCACUGGCGCGUUAGUAUUACUAAUUAAUUUAUGAUUUCGAAGCAUAACAAGUAACCAAUCGCGAGGAACCUUGAAACGAACUCGUUUUAUCCUCGUGGCUAUGGUAUAGAAAAACAUUCAAUUGUUUGAUGACCACAAUUCUCAAUAUUGACGUGAACGAGUUGCAUUUUGGUGCAUGAAAUCACUUGCAAAGUGAUUUUCGAAACUUUUGCAGUUUUUAUACCAUCUAAUGCUAUUUUAAACUGUAUGCAGUUACUUUUAGUUGUAGAUUAAGCACGAAACCAAAUUGUAAUUAUUUUGUUCUACGCUCAAUUAAGCAACAGUUGAUUUUUAUGAGUUUUUUUCGAUCCAUUGCCGAUGAUUCACUGUGAUACAGGUAAUAUAAAUGAAACGUGUAAAAACCAACAAUAUUAUUGCUGUAUAAAUAACUAUUAGUAGUAGGUAUAUGUAACUUGUAAGUGAAACUGUUGUAUGUUUCGAGAGAUUAUGUUUGUAUAUAAAUCAAAAUCAAGAAACAAUAUAGAUACUAUGCAAAAUUGGAAAA